AUGGCCAGCAACCGCAACAAUCAGUAUCGCUGCACCGUUGGCGGCGAGUGGAAGGAUAUCUCUGAGUUCAGCAGAAGCCAGCAGAGACGUGCCAGACCCAACAACAGGGAGAACUCAGGCAUGAUCUGUCUUGCGCACAGCCAGCCAUCUCGUGCCGAGAUUACUUGUACAGUUUGUUGCAGGACCAGACCCAUCGACCAGUACUCCAACAACGAACGUAAAUCGGACAACCCGCGAUGCCAACAGUGUGUGGCCUGGGACACCGACCAAGAACACGGUGUCACUCCAAUUCCUCUUGCCACUGGUCAUGUUUCAAUCGAAGAAGAUGCCCUUAAGAGAUACAAGGAGCCAACUUCUUGCUCAGAAUUUUUCACGCAUGAGAUUCCCGCAGCCCCUAUCACCGGACCUGAAGCACUUGGUCUGCAGGCUAGCGAGUCCACCAACCGAGCCUUCGCCCAGGUCAUUGGUAGCUCGACCGCGGCUCGAGUAGCCUCGGAGACCUCCAGCGUCGUGAACGAGACCAUGUCCGUCACUUCCAGCCGUGUCACCACCACCUUUCCACCUCACCUGAAAGCCCGCUGGGAAAAUAUGACACUUGGAGGAAAGUCUGCUUCUGAGGAAAACUCCAAGACUGCAGCUACAACAAGCAACCAAAGCGUGAAGAUGCUGCCCCCUCACCUCCGCAAGCCCAAGUUGGAGCAGAGUGGUGAAACUGACAGCGUCUCUACGGCCACAACUAUGCGAAAGGAGAAGGAGGAGACUGCCGCCUCUACCAAGAUCCUCUACAAUGCAUGGGAUUCCAAGGGUGUUCAGCACAGGGUCACCAAGGACCCUACUGUCGCUUCUAGCUCUGCUUCUGUUUCGGCUGCUUCUACGUCUGGAGAGACCGAGUCCCUGGGUCGCGGUAACGGCAAGUGGCCUAAGGCUAGCGAGGCAAGUGAUCAAAAACUUGAGAUUGAGCUUAUUGACUAA